ACAUUUAAAAUGUUGGUAUAACUUAAUUUGGAACAUAAGAACUACUUUUUAUUAAGUGUGCCAAAUCCAAACGAUCUACAAAUGGAUUUAACGACAGUUAACUGUAAAUUUUCUUAAAUUAGAAAUCAUAAUAUAAAGAAUUAUAAAUAAGUGAAAACUGCUUAAUAAUUAAAGUGUCUAAUAAAUAAUCUAUUGGGUUUACAUUUAUAUAAACCAAUAACUGAGGUUGGGCAUUUAUUUACUGUUUCUCCAUUUUUCAUAUAUUAUAUUAAAUAAACAGAAAGUAUGAAGAUAGUAACAGUCGUAGCUCCUGUAAAUAUAGCUGUGAUUAAAUAUUGGGGUAAACGAGAUGAAGAAUUAAUAUUACCCAUAAAUGAUUCAAUAAGUGGGACAUUAAGCACAGAUUUUAUGUGCGCCAAAACCACUAUUUUAGCAAGUCCUUCAAUAAAAGAAAAUGUGUUUUGGUUAAAUGGUGAAUUACAGUCAUUUGAUAACAAAAGAUUACAAAACUGUUUAAAAGAAGUAAGAAGAAGAGCUAAUCCGGAAUUGCCAAUUUUAAAAUGGAAUAUAACAAUAUGUUCCAAAAACAAUUUUCCUACUGCAGCUGGUUUAGCUUCGUCAGCUGCUGGUUACGCGUGUCUAGUUGCCGCAUUGGCAGAUUUAUAUGAAAUUAAAGGUGAUAUAACGAGUAUCGCCAGAGUUGGAUCGGGAAGUGCUUGUAGAAGUUUAUACGGUGGAUGGGUUCAAUGGAGCAAAGGAGUAGAUCCUAAAGGUGAAGAUUCUAUAGCUCAUCAAAUAGCACCAGUAUCUCAUUGGCCAGAAAUGAGAGUUAUAAUUCUAGUAGUAAACGACGAGAGGAAAAAGUACAGUUCAACUGUUGGUAUGAAAAAAAGCGUCGAAACUUCGGAACUCCUCCGUUACAGAGCGCAGACAAUUGUACCAAAAAGAGUCGAAGCUAUUAAGGAAGCAAUAUUGAACAAGGAUUUCGAAAUGUUUUCUGAAAUAACAAUGAGAGAUUCCGAUCAAUUCCAUGCAAUUUGUUUGGAUACGUUUCCUCCUUGCGUCUACAUGAACGACAUUUCCCACGCCAUAGCAGACACUGUUCAUCAUUAUAAUGAAAAAAAAUCUUCGAGAAAGGUGGCGUACACUUUCGACGCUGGUCCAAAUGCCUGUUUGUAUAUUUUAGAAUCGGAAGUGGAAGAAUUUUUGUCUGUGAUAAACUACGUGUUCCCAUCAUCAAACAAAUCAGAUUAUGUUAGAGGAAUAAAAACGAACAUAAAUCCAAUUGAAGAGGAAUUGAAGUUGUCAUUUGCAUCUAAACAACUAAAAGCCGAUACUUUGAAAUUUAUUAUCCAUACAAAAAUCGGAGAUGGUCCGAAGAUAUUGAGGGACGAAAAACAUCACCUAUUAAAUAACGAAGGUUUACCAAAAAAAUCGAUGAUGUAAACCCUAUAUUUUUAAUAUGAAUCAUUUAUACGAUUGUCAUAAUAUUCUUAAGUUUGUAACCUUUCUUCCCCAACUGGAGACUCUUCCUUAGGAAGUGAUAUUCGAUCUCAGUUAUAGGAAUAAAUUGGACGCCAUCAUUUUUUUAACGAACGACGUUAAAAGUGAUUAAAAAAGGUGGAAACAUCUCGCGGAUUAAAUUAAUAAUAAGAAUUAAGCAAACUAAAACUAUUCCCGUACACGAAUUAUCCAAUGAAUAUUUAUUACUAAAAACAAUAAAAAAAUUUCAGCAACAAAUAAAUAUAUUAAAAAAAAAUAAUAUAUUCCCAGCAACAAAUCAAGAGAGCACAACUAAUAAAAAGCAGUUGAAAAUUUGAAAAAACUGAAAAUUUCUAUAUAUUAUAUAUAAGAUAAGACUGGAUGGUUCAGCCCUUAUCUGAAUUCCCAGUUGUUGGAGUUGAAUUUAAUGAGAUGGUGUAACGCUCGAGUCCUUUAUGUAGUUGAACUCCAACCUGGCAACUGUAGGAUUGUGGAAAAAAUAAAAUGAGGAAGAAAACGGGAGCGCAGAUGAAAAUUACUAAAGAAGGAUCAGAAGAUAGAACAGAUUUGAAUAAAAAGGAGCUCAUAUAUAAAUAUAACAUAAAAAAAAACUAAUUUAUAUUUUUUUAAAAUAUAACCAAACAGUAUUCUAUUCGUUCUGUUCCCCAAAUAAAUACAAUAUACGAAUUUGUAUGAAAAUUAUUAUACAAAAUUUUUUUAAAACAAAAGGAAAUUAUUAAUGAUAACUGCAAUUUUGUAGGCACUUUUUAAAAAUAAUUGAUUUACAAUAAACGACUUGUAAAUUUAUACAGAAAGUAACAAAUCAAUACUCUAUUAAACAGAUGGCAAUAAAACAAUGAAUUUUUUUUAAUAAUUACAUUUAACUUAUAUUUAUUUGAUCCGUGUUUUGGAAUGCGCUCUUCAUGUGAAUAUUAUUUAUUGUUAGUUGGAAUCCGCUGAUCGUUAGGCAAUGUCGGGGACCUUUCAUAUUUCUAUAUAAAGGCAAAGUUGAAAAGAAAUUUAAAAAAACUUACCAACAAAUAUAAAAGAUAAUAUCGCAAGUUUUAUUAAAUUUAAUUAUAUUUGUUGUAGACUGUAGACAGGUAGAGGACGAUUUAGAAAACAUUUCGAGGUUUUAUUGAAUUCGUUGAAUGGGGUGGGAAAUCGAUAACAAAUUAAUUUCUUCAAAAACUCUAAUAAUGGAAUAAAUAAAUCAAAAGUGACUACUGAACCACAAUACGUGAACAAAAGAAUAUUUGAAUACAGAUUAGCAUGUUAGAAAUGUAAUGUUAAGACAAAGAGUGAUUCUAGCCUUGUUUAUAUACAACGCUUCGCUAUAUUAAACUUUGAAGUCACUUGCCUAAGGAAGUACUGUCUUCGUUCUUAUCAUAGAAGAAGCUGCUUUUAUUUGUUAAUUAAUGACAAAAGGAGGAAGAAAAUAAUCGACAAUAUUGUUAGAUCACUUAGAUUCAUUUUAUUGUCAUUAAAACUAAUUUUUGUACUCAUCCCUUAACCGUAAUGGGUAAAUUGUAAAUUUUAUUGUAUUUGUUGCAUAAUGCAUCACAAAACUAUAAUCUUAAGUUUACUAAAUGUUCAGACACGUCAGUAGUUUUAUCUAUUGUUAAAAUAUUGCCAUUUGUAGAAACACUAUUUCAUGCUCCUUUCAUAACUUUAUUGAUGUUAAAAUAAUUUUUGAUGAACAUAUUGUUGACCAAAAAGAAUUUAUUUAUUCACCUUUUUCUGCAAGAAUAUUAUCAACAUUGAGUUGGAGUAAUCUCCACUCUUUUUUUAAUGAUAUUUUAUCAAAAUUUUUAAACUCCUUCCAGUUUUUUAAUUAUUGUAGGUGAUAAGUAAACAUUUAAAAAGUGUCAAAAUAAACUACAGUGCAACAAAACUGCUCUUUUCGGAGGGUAGACCACUUUCUUCUGAAAUUCUCUACUAGCUUCCUGGUUGAAAAUAGUCUCCUGACAUCGAUCUUAAUAACAUCACUAAGAUAUAAAUUAAAAUAUUUUUAUAGCUAAAUUGGGGGACGGCUGUUGAAGGUUUAUUAUAUUUAUAUAGAAAAAAAAACACUUUUAGCUUAUGCAAUUGUUUUAUUUUCCUUUUUUAAUACACUCCACAUUACAUCAAAUGUAAGUAUAGCAUACAGAUGAUAUAAAUUUGAAUAAUAAAUAUUUACAAAAAA